AGGUCUGAAUACUUUCCGAAUGCACUGUAUGCUUAUUUACAAUGACGGCCUAGCAAGAGGCAAAAAGGCUAAACUUUCCAGUUUGAGUGUGUUUUGCAGCUUGUUCCAGACGCUAGCUGGAGCGAACUGAAAAGAGCAGCGACCCAGGGAUGUGUGCGCUUUGGGGACCUCUAACAGAAUGUGACUGGCAGAACGGGUGCUGUAUAUAUAUUUGUAUUGUUUUAUUUAACCUUUAUUUAGCUAGUCAGUUAAGAACAAAUUGAUAUUUUACAAUGAUGGACUACCCCGGCCAAGCCCUCCCCUAACCCGGACGACACUGGACCAAUUUGUGCGCCGCCCUAUGGGAUUCCCGAUCACGGCCGGUUGUGAUACAGCCCGGGAUCGAACCAGGGUCUGUAGUGCCUCUAGCACUGAGAUGCAGUACCUUAGACCGCUGCACCACUCGGUAGGGUUGCAGUAGGUAUCUCAGAUAGGGGGGAGUGAGGGUUUUUAUAAAUAAGCAUCAACCUGUGGGCCUUGCACCGGGUAUACAGAGACGGCCAGUUUACAGAGUGCCGUGAUGUGUCCUAUAAGGAGCAUUGUUGGCAAAUCUGAAGGCCGACAGGUAAAGAACAUCUAGCUGCUUGAGAGUACCCUUACCUGCUGAUCUAUACAUUUCUUCUCCGUAAUUUAGCAUGGGUAGGAUGGUCAUCUGAAUCAGGGUUAGUUUGGCAGCUGGGUGAAAGAUGAGUGAUUACGAUAUAGGAAAACAAGUCUAGAUUUAACCUUUGGGUUAUUUCCAAUGUGGUCCUUGAUGUAAAAGACAGGAUAAGAUGCUACGACCUCCGACAAGACAUCAAACAUGCAAAAGGACAAUAUAGGAGGAAGGUGGAAUCCUAUUACAUCGGCUCCGACGCUCGUCGUAUUUGGCAGGGCUUGCACACGAUAACAGAUUACCUAGGGAAACAGCCACGAGUUGUGUAGCGAUGCAGAACUCCCAAACAAGCCCAAUGCCUUCCGUGAAAGCCCCUGUUUUUCCAGAUGACUGUGAUCUCGCUCUCCGUAGCCGAUGUGAGUAAAACGUUUAAACAGGUUCACAAUCACAAGGCCGGAAUACCAGAGCGUGUUCAUCAAAGCAUGGCAGACCAGCUGGCAAGUGUCUUUACAGAAAUGUUCAAUCUCUCCUUGUCCCAGACUGUAAUGCCAACAUGUUUCAACGCACCACCAUUGUCCCUGUUCCCGAGAUCUCCAAGGUAACCUGCCGAAAUGACUGUAGUCAUGUGGCACUCACAUCUGUAAUUAUGAAGUCCAAGGCUGGUCAUGACACAUAUCAACACCAUCAUCCCAGACACCCUAAACCCACUCCAAUUCACAUACCAUCCCAACAGAUCCACAAUCACUGCCCUCUUCCACCUGGACAAGAGAAAUAACUGACAAUGCUGUUCAUAGACUACAGCUCAGUGUGCAACACCAUAGUCCCUCCAAGCUCCUCACCAAGCUAGGGACCCUGGGACUGAACCCCUCCCUCUGCAACUUAACCACAAAGCGCUACAGAGGUUGGUGCGGCAACCCAGUGCAUCACUGGGGCCAUGCUCCCUACCAUCCAGGACCUCUAUAUCAGGCGGUAUCAGAGGUAGCACUGAAAAAUUGCCAAAGACUCCAGCCACCAGUUUACUCUGCUACCGUCUGGCAAACGGUAUUGGAUCACCAGCUCUCGGACCAACAGGCCCAGUUAAAAAGCUGUUCAUUUUUGUCAGCCUGAUUUAGGCCUUUGCCGAUACUCGUUGGUGUAUUUUAAUUAUGACUACAAAUUCAAAGUAUUUUUAAUUUGCAAACCCUAACGUGUGCCUGGACUUGUAAUCUUUUAUGCCAUGUAACACCUAUUUGUGGUUAUAAUUUUUCCUUAAAACCAAGAUAAUGUAUAUGCUGCUUUAGAAAGGAAAUGCAGCAAACCAACAUCGCCUUUCUAAGGUGAGCGACACUUAGUCUAUCCAUUUAGGACUGGCAGGGAUGAAUUUAAUGCUCUGACUUGGGCUUCAGUGAAACAAACACACACUGAAUGAAGCCUAGCCAACUGUAACAAGCCUACGUUUUAAUGACAGCAGGUCCAGCAUUAUGCAAAUGAGCCUGGGUAGUGCAGCGGCAGCGCGAGGCAGAUUAGAGCUGUGCCUGGGAUCAGUGAGCACACGCGCUCUGUCCCCCCUCCCUCUAAGAGCAACUAGUGCCUCUGUCUGUCUCCUCUCCUUUCUCCGCUUUUCACUAGUUUUUCCCUCAUUCUGUUGUUCCCGUCCGCGGAUGAUUCGUGUGUUUCUCUUUGAGAAGCAGCUCUGAUUUUCCUUUGUGUCCAUUUUUUUUUAAUCGCGCAUUCGCACGGACUCGCGCUGCGCGCACACCGCUCCGGUUAAACCAGCGCCGUUUCCUCUUUUCUAGUUAAACGGAAAUAAGAAUAAAGAAAAUGCAUCUUUACAAUUUCAGCGGUAUUUCCCCAUCUAAGCACACAUAUUCCCCCCGUAUGUUAGUAUUUGGUGUAUAGCAGUUAGAACGAGCGCUGGUUUGAGGUUUAGAGAGACCGGGCUGUAAGUAGGUCGGGCUGGGUUUAAGCGGCUUUAGCCUGCGUCAGCCUAAGCUGGGAGGAAUUCACCCAAAGCCCUCCGCGGUAGGCGGGGGCCUAAACGAGGCUGGCCUAGUUAAGCCUGAUUCUUAUUGUUGCCCGUGUGUGUUGUGUAACACAGAGCAGAGAAGACCUCAGAUGAGAGAGAGUACAUGCGUUAGACAGAGACUGUUUGAUUGAGAAUUCAUGAAGGGGGAGAAAAAAGAGGGACAAGGAAGAGAGUGAGUGAGAGUUAAACCAGUAUUAGCCUGAGCCUCAUCACGGAACAGAAAGAAAAGGGAGGUAGAGAACCAGACCAAAUCUCAAAAGAAGGAGAGGAAAAGAAGCGAGAUAUUGUGUUGAGUUAGUGCUGGUGUCUAGGCCUGGCUCGGUCCAGUCUGGUUCCCUGGGCUAUGUUCUAAGAUGGCGUCUGGGUCCGUCUACAUGUCGUCCAGUAUGGUGGGUAAGGCUCGCUCCUCCAACUUCACCCUGUCUGAGAAACUGGACCUGCUGAAGCUGGUCCGCCCACACAUUCGCAUCCUGGAGGAGCACACCAACAAGCACGCUGUCAUCGUGGACAAGAACAAGUGCUGGGACACAGUGUCUGAGCAGUACAACGUCCUGGGGGGGGACAGGCCCCCCCGCACUGCCCAGGGCCUACGCACCCUCUACAAGAGGCUGAAGGAGUCGGCCAAACAGGAAGUGAUGCAACGGAGACACGCCCAGCCAGAGUACAGAGGAAGUAUAUCUGAACCAACCAGGAGAGUGAUGGAGAUGAUACCUCACCUUUUCCAUCACGGAGCUAUCCACCAUGAUAAAGACCCAGCGACGAUGCACAGGAUGAUGUAUAAGCAUGACUCUCCCAUGGAGCAACCUGGCAGCAGCUCUUCCCUCCCAGACUACCCAUCAAACCCCGUCACCCACCACCUGGACCAGGAUGUGGUCAGGCUGGACCAGGAUGUGGUCAGGCUGGACCAGGAUGUGGUCAGGCUGGACCAGGAUGUGGACGUGAAGCCUCCGCCAGACCUGACCAUCCUCUCCACGCGUGUGGGGGUGGUGCUAGGAGAGGGGGCGGAGGAGGAAGAUGAGUUGGGCAGUGUCCAUGGUUAUGACGGCUCCCUCUCUCCCUGCCCAUCCUCCGUCGUCCUGCCCCUCUCCACCUCACCCGUUCCACUGCAACGUGACCUUUACCCUCAUGACCACUACCCCCGCCGUGACCCUGACAGGCUCCGUCCCCUUCAGCUGGCCAAGGAGGAGCACGAGCAGGUCAUGACCAAUCACAGAAAGAUGGGCGUAUACCUGGAGGAGAAGAGGGAGGGGCUAAAGAGGAAGCAGGAAUUGGAGGAGGAGCUUCUGAGAGCAAAAAUCAAAGUAGAGAAACUGAGGGCAGCCAGGCUGAGGCAUGGACUUCCACUGCCCCUAUAACUAACACACCCAUGGCCUGACUGGACUGACCAUGUGGAACUCAGGAGGAUGCUCUGAAUUGUUUGUAUUUCUGUGUUGAAUGUUUAGCGUGUGGAAGAGGGGUUUGGUCUGACAAAUAAUGUUUGUGUGAUGAACAGUGACUUUGAGGGAGGAUUUAAAGGUCCAAUGCAGCCUUCUCUAUCUCAAUAUGAAAUCAUGUCUGGGUAACAAACAACCUUACUGUGAUUGUUUUCCAUUAAAAUGGUCAAAAAGAAAC